AUGAAGUUCAGUACUUUCGCUUUAAGCUUUUUGGCUUGUCUUUGUAAUGCCCACCCAUUUAAACGUGAAAUCAAUGGAACCCAACUAAGUAACGAUAUUCCUCCAACCACAGCAAAUGAUCUUCACUCUUCCUAUGGCAAGCCAUUUGCAAUCUACCAACCAAAAGCAUUUAUUGUAUCCAUGUUCGAGUUAGAGAGAGACCCCUGGUUGAAAGAAUUGGACUUUGUUCACAAUAUUACUUUACCAGGCUUAUCUCCCGCGUAUCCCACACUCUACUGUUCUACAAACUAUACCAUAUGUCAAAUUACCACUGGAGAAGGUGAAAUUAAUGCUGCCUCUACCAUCACUGCUUUGACCUUGAACCCACUUUUUGAUUUGUCAAAAACAUACUUUUUAAUUGCUGGUAUUGCUGGUGGAGAACCAGCUUAUACCACACUUGGUGGUGUUACAUUUGCCAAGUAUGCUGUUCAAUUGGCCCUAGAAUACGAAGUGGACUAUGUGGAUUAUCAUAACACCAUGCCUAACUGGACUACUGGGUACUAUGCAUAUGGAACCCAUGACCAAAACGAAUAUCCAGGAAAUGUCUAUGGAACUGAAGUCUUUGAGGUCAACGAGCAAUUGCGAGACCGUGCAGUAGAAUUAGCUUCAAGGGCUGAAUUAAACAAUGGAACUGAGCAGAACGCAAAGUUCAGGUCUUUAUAUAACCAAACUGCUGCCAGAUCUUUGCCAGCCAUUGCAAAAUGUGAUGUCGCUACUUCGGACGUCUAUUUCUAUGGAGCCACUUUGAAUAACUACUUUUCAUCUUUUGCAUCAAUGAUGACCAAUGGAAGUGCUGUUUAUUGUGCCAGCGCUCAGGAAGAUAAUGCUUCUUUGGAAGCAUUUGUACGUGCCCAGAAAUUUGGCCUCGUGGAUUAUGACAGAAUUGUCGUAAUGAGAACAAUUUCUGACUUUGCAAGACCACCACCGCUGAUGGAUAAUAAUACAGUUGGUUUCUUUAAUCAAGCAGACCAAGGUGGAAUUCAAGCCUCCUUAGAUAACUUGGUCAAAGCUGGCCUCCCCUUCAUCCAUGAUAUCCUAGCAGAAUGGGACAGUGUAUAUGAUUCAGGUGAUAAAUACCGUUCUAAGAAUUAUGUCGGUGACAUCUUUGGGACUUUGGGCGGCACGCCUGAUUUUGGAAAGCCAAACUUCGAUGUUGCUUGA